CUUGUAUUGAUUGUACACUCAUCAUUACUCAUUACAGUGUGUGAACCCUAAACCCUUUUCAUAUAAAUUUUCUAUAAAAUCUCAAAUUAGAACCUAUCCUUUUCUCUAAUCUAGGCGAUUACAACCCUUAUUUGUUAAGCAAUCAGAUUCCAAGAUCUCCUUCUUUUCCUGGAACAACUCAAUCCGUAGCUUAACAAUGGGAAGGAAAACAAAGUCUACUCGCCAAACAAUGAUUGAUGCGGAGCCUGAUAUGAUUAGCAACUUACCAGGUCAUGUAACAGACCAAAUUCUGUCUUGUUUGUCAAUUAGGGAAGCAGUGAGAACAAGUGUUUUAUCCAAAAUAUGGAAGAACAAAUGGUACACACUUCCAAAUCUUGUGUUUGAUAGACAUAGUGUCUCGGAGAGCAUGCUUUUGAAAACUGUUGAUCAUGUACUCUUAGUUCAUUCGGGGCCAAUCAAGAUGUUCAAGUUCGCUAACGAUUGUCCGGGUCUUUCUGAAAUAUUUGAGAUUGAUAUGGAUCGGUGGAUUCUUCAUCUAACCAGAAGGUCUAUUAAAGAACUUGUUCUAGAAGUUUGGAUAACCAAAGAACGCUAUAAGCUACCUUGGUGUUUAUUCACUUGUCAAAGUUUACAUCAUUUAAAAUUAAAGUGGUGUUUGCUUAAGCCUCCAAAGACGUUUGAAGGCUUCAGGAACUUGAAAAGUCUUGAGCUGGAGGGGGUAAGAGUGGCUCCAGAUGAUUUUGAAAACUUGAUAUCCGGUUGCCCCCUACUUGAAAAAUUGAAAUUGAUAGUACUUGAUCGUGAUGGUAUAACACAAAUUAAUAUUCACGCCCCAAAUCUCAAGGUUUUUAAAAUAUAUGGAAGAUUUGAUGGUAUUAGCCUUGACAACACUUUCAAAUUAUCUAGAGUAGUUGUUGAUUCAUGGUUGGAUUUGAUCUCAGAAGACAAUGAAAGUACACUGCCGGGACGCCCUAGCAACUUGCUCAAUUUUUUUGAUAAUCGACCUCACAUAAAGAGCUUAGUGAUUGGUAGUUACUUUUUAAAGUAUUUGGCUGCAGGUGAUUUUCCAGUAAAGCUUCCUACACCUUGUGUUGAUCUAAGCUAUCUUUCCUUAAGCAUAAAUUUCAAUGACUUGAAGGAAAUUUCUGCCGCUCUUUUUUUGCUCCGAAGCUCACCUAAUCUUCAAAAAUUAGAAAUAUCUGCACAUAUUGAGGCGCAUAAUGUCCCUUUGACACCUGUCAGUGACGGCUAUUCUUGGGAAGAUGUAUUUUCGAGGCCAGUCACACCCAUCCAAGUGCGACAUGUAACAAUUGAUAGCAUCUCCGGCUUUCAACCUGAACUAGAUUUGAUCAAAUUUCUACUUCUCUAUUCGCCUGUGCUAGAAAAGAUAAUUGUGAAGCCUCUUGUAAAUGCCAGAGUGGAGUUGCUUAUCGAACUAGUUCGGUUCAAAAGAGCGUCAGAAGAAGCUGAAGUUAUUUAUGAGGUUCAAAAGAGCAUCUGGAGAAGCUGAAGUUAUUUAUUAUGUGGAAGACUCUUCAUAAUGAUUUGUAUUCUUCCCAAAUUAUCUAAUAUAUUAUGAAUUUUAAGGUUUUUUUUUUUUGAUGGAAAAUUAAGAGUGAUUAACACUAUAGUGUUUUUGUUAUUGAUAAUAUAUUCCCUAAAUUGAAA